UCAAUGAAUUCCCAAGCGACAUCUUCACAAAUGAGGAUCGACGGCACGGAGCAGUAUUCUUGCACGCUUUCUGUGCUGUCUACAUGUUCUAUGCUUUGGCGAUCGUUUGUGAUGAUUUCUUUGUCCCUUCAUUGGAAAAGAUUUGUGAACGUUUGCAUCUCAGUGAAGAUGUUGCGGGAGCAACCUUCAUGGCGGCUGGCAGCUCUGCUCCAGAACUCUUUACCUCUGUUAUAGGUGUGUUUAUCACAAAGGGAGAUGUUGGGGUCGGAACCAUUGUUGGCUCUGCUGUAUUCAACAUUCUCUGCAUAAUCGGUGUUUGCGGCCUCUUUGCUGGGCAGGUCGUCGUUGUUUCAUCCUGGUGUCUCCUGAGGGAUUCAGUCUACUAUACCUUCUCUGUCAUUGCACUUAUUUUGUUUAUUUAUGAUGAAAAAGUUUCCUGGUGGGAGUCCUUAACGCUAGUGACGAUGUACGCCAUCUACAUUAUCAUCAUGAAGUUUAAUGCCAGCCUACAGCACCUCUUUGAACGAAGAACAAAGAACGCUACGAACAUGGUGAACGGAUUAGCAAACAACACUGAGAUUGAUGACAACAGUAAUUGUGAUGCUACAGUGGUAUUGCUAAAGAAAGGUAACUGUUCCAGCAAUUUCCAUCGCAAAGCUUCUGUAAUCAUGGUGGAUGAACUGCUGUCUGCCUAUCCACACCAGCUUUCCUUUUCAGAGGCUGGGCUCCGGAUAAUGAUAACGAGUCACUUUCCUCCCAGGACCCGGCUCUCCAUGGCCAGCCGCAUGUUGAUCAACGAGAGGCAAAGACUGAUAAACAGCAGAGUGUACACCAACGGGGAGUCCGAGGUGGCCAUCAAGGUCCCUAUCAAUAUCAAGCGUACUGUGGAGAAUGGAUCUGGGCCCAGCAAUUCUGCCGACAGAGGUGCGAGCGGAACCAGAAGAGAUGAGGCUGCAGCUGAAGCCGGGAAUGAAACCGAGAACGAGAAUGAAGAUAAUGAGAAUAAUGAGAAUGAUGAAGAGGAGGAGGAGGAAGAGGAAGAAGAGAGUGGCCCUUACACACCCUUUGAUCCGCCAUCAGGAAAGAUGGAAGUUGCCAAGUGGCUGUUCUCCUGGCCCCUGUGUCUCCUUAUGUACUUCACAGUACCCAACUGUAAUAAGCCCCGCUGGGAGAAAUGGUUCUUGGUCACCUUUGCUUCUUCUACCCUUUGGAUUGCAGCCUUUUCCUAUGUGAUGGUAUGGAUGGUCACCAUCAUUGGCUACACGUUGGGUAUUCCAGAUGUGAUCAUGGGAAUCACCUUUCUGGCAGCUGGAACCAGCGUACCAGACUGUAUGGCAAGCCUUAUUGUAGCAAGACAAGGCAUGGGAGACAUGGCUGUGUCGAACUCCAUCGGAAGCAAUGUCUUUGACAUUUUGAUUGGCCUUGGCCUUCCCUGGUCCCUACAGACCCUAGCAGUAAACUAUGGCUCCUAUAUUCGAUUGAAUAGUCGGGGACUUAUCUAUUCUGUGGGCUUGCUGUUGGCAUCCGUUUUUGUCACUGUGUUUGGUGUUCACUUGAACAAGUGGAAGCUGGAUAAGAAGCUGGGGGGCGUGUGCCUUUUCCUCUAUGGCAUCUUUUUGUGUUUCUCCAUCUUGACAGAAUUUAACAUCUUCACUUUUGUGAACUUGCCUAUGUGCAGAGAUCACUGAUUGUGUGGAUGAGACUGCUGAGAGGCAUCUCCCUUCAUUACUUGUGCAAUAUGAAUGGUGUUUGACAUCUCCAAGCAGUGUGUGGUGCCAGAAGCCAUGAAGGACACCCUCCUUGCUGUCCAUCAAAGCCCUCUUCCUGUCUGGGUUGAGCCUCUCUCUAAACCAGCCCCUUCACACAAAAAAUAUCUGGAAACUUCCUGCACUGAUGUGAAGAUUUACAAACUCAGAUAUUGUGAACUGUGAUUUGGAGUCUAAGCGAACUAACUUCUACCUGGCACUGAGCCAGAAAAACAGAACUGCUACUGUUGUUUCUUCUUUUUAACUUAUUUGAUGGAAGACAUAUCUAAUUUAUGAACUGAGACUAUUGCUAGGUGACAAAGAAGAGGGUACAUUUUGCUGGGUGCUUUUUUUGAGGAAAACAGAAAGAAUCUCUUUCAUUCUCCCCUCCCGCCCCUGAGGUCGACAAAUUUCUUGCAGCUUCCUUAUCCUUCUGAGUGCUCCAUUCAUAGGACAUUUCAAAAGACAGAAAUGGUGAUAUGGGAGCUCAGUUCCAGGUACCUAGUAUUGGAGUGCAUCUUCUGUUUAUUGAAAGAAAACAUGGCAGAUAGGAGUACAAAAUGGCUUCCUUACAGGAAACAACGUCUCACUCAGAGGGAUUCAAGAGAAGCCCCAAGUGAAGACAGACUAUAGACAUGAACGCUGCUGCUGUUUUAUUCAUAAGAUCAGAAUCUGAUUGCUACGUCGUUUGUUGUAUUUCCAAGCAAUAGUUAUCACCUUACCAGCCCUGGAAGGCUUAAGAGGUGGAGCCCUGUUUUUUUAAACUUUCAGUAGUUUGAGAUGCAAGGUUGGAUACAAAGCCCGGAUUGACCUCUUAGGGUUUCUUAAUAUUAAUCGUUUCUGUAGCACUUUUAAUUUGAAAAUUACUUUGCAACCCUUACCUUAUUUGCCCUGAGAACAAUCCUAUGAGAUUGUCACUAAUAUUCCCAUGUUUCCAGUGGGGAACUGAGUCUGAGAGAAAAUGGUAUGGCCAAGACCGAUGGAUAUGUGAGUCCAUACAGGGCCAGCGCUAAAGUGUCCGGCCCCCUAGGCUAGGCUAACUUCCGGUGCCCCCUCCCUGCACUGAUCAUGUCACUGAGUCAAAUGGGGAGCACCCAGUUUAGUACCCCCAGAAUUGCCCUAGUGGUCCAGGUCCGCAAUGAAACUCUUAUCGAUUGGAUGAGUGCCUCUUGGUAUACCGGGGAUGUGGGAAUAGGGGAAGGGUAUGUAUAGUUACUUUAUUUAAAAAAAAAUUGUAGACACUGGUUUCUGAAAGGCAUAUUUUGCACAGAUAUUAUUACCGAUGUUAUCACUUGCCACUCUGUACGGGAUACACUGGACUUGGAAAGGGAUUUUCCCCCUCUCAUACAAUCAACUGGGCACAAUCCACAAAGAAGGUCAUCUUCAUAAGCCACUUUUCAGGAAGUCUUCCUGGUGAGUCGUGUUGUCUGUCUGUUCCAAAAUUUCUAUUCUCCUGGAAGUUGGGGCAGCCAGGAACCACGGCCCAUUACAGAUACAGGCUACUGAGUAGCUAAAGUGGUGGCGAAAGAUUUGCUGUCCAGUGUCCUGUGCCCCUGUGGAUCUUGUCAUAGUUUUCCCCUGUUCAUACAGCAGAAACAAGGAAUUUCAGGAGAGUUUCCAAUCGGUAUCCAGUUUCCACAGUUAAUCGAAAUCAUGGGAUCAUGACUGUCUCCGUUACAUUUAAGCACUGGGUGUUUCUGCUUUACUUGUAUGUAUGUUUUGUUCGGAAGUGUAACAAUGAAUUUCCGGUGAAGUCAACAUCUGAAUUAUUUUUUCAUAUCUAGAUCACCAACAAAGGUCUUUAGAGAGCCUACAAGUCUGAAGUGUUGGGGAUAAAAGCAGAUUUCUGAGGGGAAAAUCUAUCUAGCCACCAGUUUGCACCUUUUAAGUUUGAUUACUUUAAAAUUCAUUUUAUUUGGUUAAAUAGUGUGAAAUAAAAUUUUCCAACCUGUCA